AUGCACAGUAACGAGUCGGCGGUGGCGAGCGGCGCGGUGUUGUUGCACCAGUUGGGGCGGCUGAUAGUGCGCUCCCGGAGCGGCAGUCCCACCACUCUCACCAGACGACACAAGCUCAGUCCCUCCACUAGCAAACAGAUAGUAACCCAGCCGAAAGCAGACACGAACGAGCCCCUACCGGGAAUUGAGGCCCAGCUAGACGACCACGUCCACGCCCUGUGGAAUGACCAGAUACCGAUAUGCAUUGACGUCCUCUUAGCACCAGAAUGCCAGGAUUGCUACUCGUCCAUGUGUCGGCCGGGAGACAAGCUGCGACAGCGGGGCCUGCUGCUCGAGAGAUGGGCCGUAGCUAUCACCAACAAGAACCCUGAGAACGCGUCAGUGAUCUCUCCCCAUUGGCUGCUGAGUGCAGUCCGCUCUCAGCUCCACUUCUCCCAACUCUGCGCCUGGCGAGCCACGCUGUACUCUGAGGAUAGACCUGCUGAACGAAGGAGAAAACUCAGCCGCGAGUCGUGCAACUUUAAGAAAAUCGAAGCCAACUGUGACGAGACUGAACUGGACGAGCGCAAGCUGAACAUCAUCUACUCCAUCAAGCUGCCGGGAGAGACCUCCCCGACUUUUCCCAGCCUCCCGAGGCUAGACAAGAUCCCUCACGUCAAAUGCACCUGCAAACGGAGACCCAGCGUCGACGACGAAGAACUGGUGGGGAAGCUCAACGAUCUCACUCUGGGCCCGAGGAAGUACCCCUCCGACGCCAUCAACUCCAACGUCGGCGUCGGCGGUAGGCGCCUCUCCACGGAGUACCUUUACUCUUCCUGUGAUAAAAAGCUCCUCGACGAUCGUAUGUUGACGCCCUGCAGCGAGAGCGGAAAGCAUAAGUGCAGCUGUGACGAUGAGUCGGACGACAAGAAGCAGGAGACGAAGAUGUUGGACGAGAGGCGGCUGAAGGAGAUAGCUAAAUACAAACGACGUUUGAGGAAAGAGAGCAAACUCAAAAAACUCUGUGAUAGCACGUCAUCCGACGGCGAAGCGAAGAAGGAGACUCACACCUCGAUACCGAUCCUACAGGCGGCCAGAUUCGAUAGGUUUAGAGCCAUCGGCCGCUACCGGAAUCAGACUUACCUGACAUUACCCGCCAGUAGAAUAGAAAGCAGAUCUCCAUUCGUAGAGCCGGUCGACGUUCCGCCGUUCGAGUUCAAGAGGACCAACACGAUCGGGACUCAGACGGACGACGUUCAGUGUCGGUGCGGAAACGCCGUCGAGAUGAAGUGCCCCGGCUGCCUGGACAGAGGCAUGGUCAGAUCGGAAGGCAGCUACGACUUGGCCUUAAUAGAGAACGGAACGAGGCGGAAGUACGAAGAAGACGAACGUUCUCUAAAAAAGCUUAAAUGUGAUAUAAAUAGUGAUAUAAGUAGUGAUAAGUGUGAUGAAGUUAUAAAACGGCCGAAGCUCAGACGUUUCUUCCCAAUAGUGGACCGGAUAGAGAGAGUCAUAAACGACAGGGUUCACAACAGUGAUAUAGCAGAGUUGAAUUUACGCGAUGACGACACGGUGUUCUCGGUCAAACCGGAACCCAAGCGGCAGAAGACGUACUCCAUAAACGAAGAUUAUGUGUGCUUUGAGAAGUGCGACUAUGGAUCUAUUGACAAAUGUGAUAUGGAAUCUCCGAAAGAAGAGGAUCCCUUCAAAUUCCCCGAUAAUCCAGAAAAAGGACAAGAGAAUCAGAUUCCGUCUCCGACGGAGAUGGACAGGUUCCGCUGGCGCUUCGACUCGGCUGCAUCCAUGGUGUUCCACACCAAAACCGGUCUGCCCUUGACUUCUAGUCCUGCACCGCUGCGUCGGGGAAAUAAUUGUUUCGACUUUGACGAUUCGAUCAACGGAGUCUCUGGCAUUAAAAGCGCUCUAUUCCACCCGAUAUCCCCCCCGUCCCCCGCUGCCGUGUCUCCCGUGUCCCCUACGCGGCCACGGGCGCCUCACCCUCGCACUCAGCGACCGGCACCUCUUGACACACCGCAAAGGAAGAAGAUGCCCGCAACCAAACUUAGGAUUGGAACCAGUACGGGCUUGCUGGGAAGCUUCGAGGAGUCUGCUCUCAAGGGUCGGCUGGAGCCAGUGGCGACGGUGCACGGCUUCACCGCAGAGCUCGGGGCCUCUGGGGCCUUCUGCCCACCGCACAGACGACUGCCAGUUACCGUGUUCUUCUAUGCGCCCGGUGGCACCAACGCGCCGUACAUGGGUCACAUAAACCUCGGUCCCGGUGGGUACCGCGUCGCCCGUUCCGGCACCAUUCAGGUGUCCCUGUUCAACCCCCACGGGACCCUGGUCAAGAUGUUCGUGGUCCUGUACGACUUGACCAAUAUGCCGCCACUCGCGCGCACCUUCCUCCGCCAGAGGACGCUGUAUAUGCCUGCCGGUGCUGAUCCGCCUAAAACCCACGAAAUGCACAAGUGGCUGAGAUAUUUGAUACAUUUGAGGUUCAUGACGUCCAAAUCAGGAAAACUCUACCUCCACACAGACAUUCGUAUCCUAGUAUCUCGCAAAGCCGAUGUCGACACGGCCACAGCACAUUCCGCCUUAUUCAGACCGAUUCCGACCAAUCGCGACGACACAGCAGCCGCGUCGGCGAAUCAGAGCUCAGAACGUCAAACCGACCAAUCACAAAACGGGAUUUCGAAUCGAACCCCCAAUCGCGUGUUUGGCGGUUGCAGUGAAUUUGACAGCGAGAUUAAGCGCGAAAUAUGUUACGAAAAUCAAAAUAGCGUUUCGUACGAGCUCAGAAGUUUCACGUAUGCUCCAGAGAAUCCCAGAUAUUCCCCGCGAUAG